AUAUGAGUGAAAUCCAUAAAUAAAACAAUUGGUUAUAUACAUAUGUUUUUCAAAUCGACGAAUGCUAUUAUAUAUUUUGUAUUGAGCACUCGUUUCGGGAGAGACGCCGACGCCCGGCGCCGACGUCGCUUUUAAAGCGUCAACGUUGUGUCGAAGUAAUCUCACCCAAUCCGGGAGACUCAUAAGUAAAAAAAAAUCGUUAGAAUAAUCAACCCUCUCAGACACGCUGGCAUGUCAUAACGAUGCAUUGCUGAAAGUUUUAUAUCGAACAUUUUCGACGUUUUUCAUCGAGGUGCUAAGAUAACGAAAGAGGGUGGGGGGGAAAUAACAUAAGCAAUGAAUUUAAUAUUGUGAAAGGGAUCACGUGAAAUCGUUUAACAUUAAUCAUUUUUUAAGCGUGUUUACAUAUGUAUUAAUUGUGAAAAACAACGUCAUUUUAUCGUGGUGGUAUCUUGUCAGUUUGCUCUUUUGUUUUUUCUUUUUUUUUUUUUUUUUUUUUGAAAUGGGUACGGCGGGUCGCGAUUUUGAGCGCGAUCGAGAGGACGAGCUGCACUGUCGAAUUUGUGCUAGUGACAUACCAAGAAACGACGGGGUCCACAUUUUCGCCGAGGAUGGUAGACGGCACUACCUGCAGACCAAAAUACGAAAAUAUCUGUACAUCUUGGUGUCAUCUGAAGAUAAAUUAUCAAAAAUGGUAUGUGCUACAUGUAUAAAAAGAUUAGAAAGCAUUCACCGCUUUGCAAUGAUGGCAUAUAGGACACAAGAAAAAUUAAAAUCACAAUUAUAUAGUAGUACUGACAAUGUAAGUUUUGUUCAAGAUGUAGAAAUGGAAAGUGUUAAGGAUAUGCAAGAUACAACAAAGAGAAUAGAGGAUCGGGGAUUAUUGCAUACAAUAUUAACAAAAGGGGCAAUAGAAAUUUUAGCUGAAGGUGAGCCUUUGGGACCAUCAGAAUUAUUAUCACAAGAAGAUAAGUGUCAUACACCAAGUAUGGAAGAAAUGGAAGUCAAAGUAGAUCCAAUGAUAUUUUUACAGUGUGGAAUGGAACAUUCAGCAUCAGAAACUUCAGAAGAUUCAGACAUUGAAGAAAACUCAACAAGGAUAAAUACUUCAGAACCAUUAUCGUUAAUAAAUAAAAUUGAUGAAAUAAAGAAAGAAGAGAAGGAAGAAGAUAAUGAUAGAUCACAAGAAGAUAGCGAAGAUGUUGUUUCUAAUGCAUUAACAAAACCUCAUGAAUGCACAAUUUGUGCUAGAUCCUUUAUAUCUCAAAUUGGUCUACAAAAUCAUUUAUGGUCUCAUUUGCCUAAAGAUAAACGACCCGAAGGAAAGCCUAUUUUAAAAUCUCAACAAGUUUAUUCUACAAAUGGUGUACUCCACAUGAACACUGAUAAUAAUUCGUCUGGUAACUUUAUCUGUCCAAUUUGUAGCAAAAAAAUUUCUACUAAAGGAAAUCUAAAAGUACAUUUGGAAACUCAUCGGCCUAAAGGAAAAUACGGUUGUGAUAUAUGCGGAAGAAUUUUUAAAACACAGUCAAAUUUAUUCAAACACAAAGAAUACCAUGGUAGGAUACAAUUUCCAUGUAAUGUAUGUGGAAGAGUUUAUCCAACAAAUUCUACAUUACGCGCUCAUAGUAUAACACAUUCAAACUUGAGGCCACACGCGUGUCCUCUUUGUGAUAAAACGUUUAAGAGAAAUCAAGAUUUAAAAUUUCACAUAAACCAACAUACAGGUGCAAGGCCUUAUCAAUGUCCAUAUUGUCCAAAAGCUUUUGCGAGUUCUGGAAAUUGUUUCUCACAUCGUAAAAGAAUGCAUCCUCGGGAGGUGCAUCGUGAUAGACAAAGAGCUGCAGAUUUAAUGAGAUGAACCAUGGGUAGCCAAUACGAAGAUUGGUUUUAGAGAAACGUAACAAUUUAUGAAUGAUCGAAUUAAUAUAAUAUAUUAGCUAUCACGAGAAAAAUGAGCUUCAGUUUUGAAUAUCAAUGGUGCUAAACGUAAGAAGCAACGGAAAUUUUGUAUCCUUUAAUUGACUCAUUUAAGCGUUAGUGUUAGAUACGUUACUGUUGUUAACAAGCACUUGGUUGUUUGCUCUUAUCGCGUAACUUAUUUAUAUAUAAAAUAGAGAGAAAUAUAUAUUUUUUUUAAUUUUUUAACUUAUCAAUGUUACUGAACAUAUACUUCCAUUGUUGUUGAUACAUUUAAUAAUUAUUAUUUAUUAACUCAUAUAUAGUACAAGUGAUAAUAACAAUAGGUUUUUAACUCUCUAGUCAGAAUAAGAAAUUUGUAUUUUUUACUCACUUAUCAAUAUUUAACUUGUAUACAUUUUCUUCUUCAUCUUUAAGGGUAGAAAUUCUAUUUAGAUCGCCUUGAUACCAUUUCUUAGGAACAAUUUUGUAACUCAACAUUUGAAAAUUAUACAUAACACAUGAGUUUAGUUUAAGCGAUACGAUAUCAAUAUCAUCAUUCAAUUGAAACAGUAUUAUUUUUUAAAUUAGUAUCAAGACCCAUCGGUAAUGAAUACAAUAAAGUAUUAAGCCUUAAAAAGUUUAGGAUUAAAAUGAUAUUUCUUAUAAUUUAUCUAGAGGAAGUUAAUAACUGUUUAGUAGAAAAAAAGUAAGUGUAAGAUAACUGUGAUUUUUUAUAAAUCGGCGAUAUAUUCGUAGGAAUACAAGUUCAUUCGUGUCCGAUGGGUUGAAUAUCGUAGAUAUAAAAGAAAAGGAAGAAGAUUGCGUGCGCUCAAAAGUUAGUCCUCAAUUAAGUAUGAAUUUUCUCUUUCUUUUUUUUUUAUAUUUAGGUACAAAUGGGGGAUUAAUAUUUUUUAAAAGUAUUAAGUGAUAGCACAAAAGAUUGAACGUUCAAAUUAUUUUAUAACUAAUGCGAUUUUAUUUCUUUAUUGUCAAAAAUGAAUUUGAGCGGUGAUGAAGGUUCUAAAAGAAAACGUGUUACGUAUUUUGUCCAUUACAAAGAGCUGUCUGACAGCAAGUAUUAAAUAAGAUACUUAUAUACAAAAAGCCGUAAAUGACCAAAAGAACAAAGAGAAAAAAAGGAGACAUUCUUCGAGAGAAUGAAAGAAAUUUUGUAGAUCACGGCAUAUUUUUAGCACAGUACAUAAUUAUCAUAAUUAAAUAACGUUAAGACUGUAUACUAAAAUUCUGUGUCAAAUUAGAGUAAAGUGUAAGCAUAAGAAGUAGCUGAACGACAUCGGAUGAGUCUAGUUUAUUCGGAUGCAGUAUUAAGUAAUUAAUUAUAAACAAACCGUAGGAGCCAUAAAUAACGUUAUAAGCGAUCAUAAUGUUAUUCUUUUAAGCAGAAUUAUGAUUAAACUGAAUGUUAACUAAAGUCUGAGUAGCCCUUAGGAAAUUUUAGAUAGGUUUUAGCGUGGAACCACUGUAAUUUGUAGAGAUCAUAGCCUGUGCUUCCGUAUGUAUCGUAUACAUUCGCACACGUGCUGGAUAGUCCAAGACGAGAAUGUUCGAUAAUGGAAACAUAUACGACGAUAAUUACGUUAUUGACAAGUAGUAACUACGAUUAAUAAAAAUUCACAUGUAAUCGCGUUGCUACGUUAGUGUAGUAAAAAGGGUGAUCAAGCUUUCGCCUUAAUGAAAAUGAAAUGGACCAAAGGAAAUAUGAAAGAUAUAUCAUCGAAUUCGUUAUUCAAAUAUCGUUUAAUCCUCAGUCGAAGAUUACGUUUCUACUUCCAUUUAGGCAUUUACUUCUCUAGUAUCUUACAUUUUUCUUACGAAUAAAUUAUUUUCAAACUUGAUAAAAUAUAACACAUUUCAAGUAAUUACAAAAUGAAAGCGUAUAUAAGUGAAGAGCACAACCGGGUUAAAAGGAUUAUCCUGAUUUUAUGAAUUAAAAAUGUAGUCCAAGUAAUGAUCGAUUAAAUGCGAAAGCUUCGAUGCACGGGUCACUCUAGCUUAUUUAGAAAUACAAUAUAUAUUUUGCAAUUACAUCUUUGCGUAUGCUUGCCAAUUAUAUCAUUAAUUAAAUACGAAUAAUUGUGUACGCGCGCGUAAAAAAAAAAAAUAAUCAAUUUUUGAUAAAAAGAUACAGGAAAAAAGAAGAAACAGGAUCGUUUAUGAUCUCACUCUUAUGGCUCAAUUUUUACAUCUAGUUCUUAAAGCAGGGAUGAGCAAAUUUUCAUAUUCCUUUCACUUUUAUUCUACCUCUUAAGACUGCCAAAUGCCAUUCCUUCCAAAAAAAAAAAAAAUAUUGUAAUUCUUAUUUCAAUAAUUAAAAGGACCUCAUUUCAUUUUUUAAUUUUUUUAAUUCAGAAAUAUACAUUUCAUUAAUUAAAGUUUGCUCAGCUCUCGCUGUAGGGGGUCAAAAAUUGAGUAUUUUUAUAAAGUCCUCGUAACAAGGGCGAUUAGUGUUUAAUUAGCGAUUAACGAUAUCUCAGAAGUGCCAGUAAUCAGUGAAUAAACGUAGUGUACUUUGGCAGAUAAACACUGGAUAGUUUCAUGUAGAAUUACAAUAUGAAUUUUCGAUAAUAUCGAUUGUGACACUUAAUAAAAUAAUUGUAUAAAAACUUCUACUCUGUGUCACCCAAGCAAGACUUCUGAAUCCGACUCUCCUUCUAGUUCACUGUUUUUCUAUUCCCUUUUUUUUGUUUAAAUUAUUGUAGUAGCAUGAAUUUGCAAUACAUUGUUUUUUUAUUUGCAAACAAGUUUCGAAACUCUGCGAUUGCAUUCAAAAGUAAAUUCGAGCAUCGCGUGUAUCCGAGAAAUUCUGGUCGAGUUAAAUUAGAAUCUUGUCCUACUUUGUUCACUCCCAUAUAUAAAUGGAGGAAAGGGGUCAGAAGGAUUAGAAAAUGAAGGUUGCAUUGGAUGACAACAAACUAGAAUGUUGUUUAUAUUGAUACAGCUAUUCUGUCACGCUUGUAAACUGAAUUAAAGUCUAGGUCAAUGGAAAAUUGCACUUAUCGGACAAGGAGUUGAUAGCGCUCGUAUUGUUUUCAAUCAAUUGUUUGAUACAGUAUAACUGAACGAGAAAACACUAUCAACUUGUACUUCAACAGUGUAGUCAUUUCAAUAAAUGAACGUUGAAUAAUAUAGAGGAUAUAAGUUUAGAGGGGAAAAAUCUGUUUACUCCUGUGAACGAUUGGAUAAAUGAGUGACAAAGUAGGGUGAGAUAACAACGCGCUAAGUAACUCUAUCAUUAACCUACUCCCGCCACAGCAAUGUAAUAAUGCUAAUAUACCACUUACUCUAUCGAUAUACACAUAUGUAUAUAACUUAGGAAUUAAAAUUCAUAGCGAUUAGAAAAGUUAGAAAGCGUUUAACCCUUUGACUACGAAAUGCGUGUAUACACGCCCUUCGCAUUUUUCUUUCUACAACAUCUUUACUGUUUCACCAAUUGAUUGAAUAGGGAACUAAUAGUUUUAUCCGACCAGUGGUAACGAUCGACAAGCGAAUAACGCGCCGUCCGUAUUGAUGGACUUUUCCGUGAUCGCGCCUCAGUCAAAGGGUUAAAGUUCAUUCGGUAUCUUAGAUGCGUAGCGAUCGAGAAUUAUCACUGAAUCUGAAUAAAACAACUCGUACGCGUAACGGAAGAUUAAUGUUAUGAAACAUUUGAUAAACUACGCUCGAAUAGAUAUCACGAGUUCUAUUUUUCCCGGUAUUAUAUUUAAUGUGUGUUGAGGUCUCUGUUAUGUGAUAGAAAAGAGGCUAGACAGUAGAGUUUUCAAUACUGAAAUUUACAAUAAUAAUGAAUUAUUUCUUUCAGCUUUUUGUUUAUCAUUGAGUCAACAAGAAAUCGUGGAACGGUGUUGCGCAAGCGGCGCGAACAGUUCAAGUGAAGGAGUAAUUAACUCGGCCACAAGCACGGAAGGAAUCUAUGUUUGAAGUUGCAUCACACGUCAGCCAAGCACGCGAUUAUAUGUUUCACAGUUACACUCUAAUUUUCCCAAUUUUAAAAGUUUCCCAUGUCCAAAGAAGAACAGCUGCAAUGCUGUUAUCAUUACAGCAAGGUCGUCAUUGUAUAUGAACAUGUUGCCCCUAACGAUGUACGUGUUUAAUCGAAGAAUUCUCCCAUCGCCACGAGUACCGAUGCUAUAAUUAUAUUUUCUGUACCAUGGUACCGUUUGACGUGAUUCUAUCUUUAAAACCAAAAAAAAAAAAAAAAAAU